GUUUUUUGAAUAGAAAACCGUUUGAAUUUUAUGUUAUUCAGCGGCAGUUAAGACGCAUGGUUGACGAUAUUGUGAUCAAUGUACAUUUAAAUCAGUGUAUUUCUUUACUUUAGAAAUAUGGAUAACACACUUGAUACAAUUCGACAAUAUUCCGAUGAAACUCUUCAGGAAGAAGUUUCUUAUUUAUAUGGAAGAGAUCCAAGUAUCAUUUCCCAUGGACAACAACGUUUUAUUUCCAAAGAUUCGCAAAAAAAUUUAUAUUCUUUGUAUGAAGAGGAGGAAUCAAACGAUGUCAUUAAUUCAGAAUCAUUAUCAUCGCAAACAGUUAAAGUUUAUUUAAGAAUGAAGCCAUUUCCACGAAGAAUGAAAUUAUCUAAAGAACAAGAGGAGGCAUAUAUGAUUGUCAAUUCAACAACUUUAAUUACAAAAAUGGCAAAUUUAGAAUGCAAUGCAAGUUGUUUAAAGCGACCAAAAAGUUCUGAUACUGUUUGUAAAAAAUUUACCUUCUCAAAAACAUUUGGUCCUGAAACAUCUCAGUAUGAUUUAUUUGAACAAAUUAUUCAAACACAGAUAGUUGAUUUUUUGGCCGGACAAAAUGCCACGGUUAUGACUUAUGGAACAACUAAUUCUGGUAAAUCGUACACUCUUCAAGGAACAUCAACAUCACCGGGAAUAAUACCUCGUGCUCUUGAAUUUAUUUUCUCGAAUAUUAAUCCAAAAGGUACACCAUGUUACAAACCAAUAAAUAAUUCUGAUGUAAUUGUAUUGGAUAAUAAAGCGCGUGCUUUAGAAUUGGAGAUGAAAACAGAUCUAUUGUCAUUUGGAUCAGUGGACAAAAAUUUAUAUAUAAAUUCUUAUAAAGAAAUGCAGAAUUUUCUCCAAGAGGAAACUGCCGAAUCAAUGCGUCCAAGUUCAUGUGUAGAAGGUUUAUAUUCUGUUUGGAUAUCAUUUGCAGAAAUUUACAAUGAAACAAUUUAUGAUCUUCUUUCAAAUGAUAUUCAAGCGCGUAGACGACCAUUGAAAUUAUCAACUGACAGUCAAGGGAAAGCAUUUAUAAAAGGUCUUAAAUCAGUUUGCGUUAAUUCAGGAUCUGAGGCUUAUCAAAUUUUAAUGGCUGGUCAAUAUAAUUUAAAAGUUGCCGCAACAGCAUUAAAUGCAAGAAGUUCAAGAUCUCAUUGUAUAUUCACUGUUACAUUAUUGAAAUAUAAUAAAGAAAAUUCUCCCGAUUCUGUGGAUAUUAGCACAUUCGCAUUUUGUGAUCUCGCCGGUUCGGAAAGAUUGAAAAAAACUCUUAAUGAAGGUGAACGUCUUAAGGAGGCACAAAAUAUAAACACAAGUUUAUUAGUUUUAGGGAGAUGUUUAAAAUCAGUUUAUGAAACACAAGGUACAAAACAUAAAACAAAUCUCGUGGGACCAUUCCGUGAAUCAAAACUUACGAGACUUUUUCAAAAACCAUUGUCGGGAAAUGAAAACAUUGCCUUAAUUGUUAAUGUUAAUCCAUCGCCGAAUUUAUACAUUGAAACACAAAAUGUUCUCAAUUUCUCAGCAAUUGCCAAAAAAAUUAUAAUUGAGCCGAAAAAAAUUCAUCGCAAAAAAUCUAUUUCAAGAUUUUCGAAAAUAGUUGCACAGAGCAUUAAAUCUGUUACUGAUUGGGAUGCAACGGAAUUUGAAAAUACAGAUGAAUUAGACAGUGAGAGUGAACAGGCAGUUGACAUGAUACAUCGGGAGGAUUAUGAAGAGGCUUUAGAUACUAUUGAACAACUUGAAAAAGAAGUUUUAAAUUUAAAGAAUUUACUAGUGGAACGAGAUAUGGAAACUCGUCAAGAAUUAACUGAAACUUAUAGGAAUAUGAUGAAGAAAGUGGAACAAGAUUGGAGAAAUCGAGUCAAAGAUGUUGAAGAACAACAUGAAGAUCAGUUAGAAUAUUAUUUAAAUCGUCAGGAAACGUAUUUUAAAGAGAAAAUAAAUAAUCUUAAAAAAAGUCGAAAACGGAGUCGUAUUGAUAGUGAUGACUUGGAUGAUGACGACGAUGACGACGUUGAUGAUGAAGAAGAAGAUCAAAAACGUUACGAUGAGCUUGAAAAUGAAAAUACAGUUCUUAAAUCAAAAAUAGAAACCCUAAAAGAAACAACAAAAAAUCUUCGAGAACAGAAAGAUAAAGAAGUAGCUGAGAAAACAAAAAUUGCUUUUGAAUUAAGUGUCGCUAAAGAUGAUUUAAAAAAUAGUAAAUUAUUAUUGGAAUCUGUAAACACUAAUCAAAAUGAAAAUAAUAAUAAAUACAUUGAUGAAAUAAAAAGUCAAUUAACUGAAGCUCAAGAAAAAAAUAAGCAAUUAAAAGUUUUUCUAAAUGAAGCGAAAGAAGAAUACAUUAUGAUAACAACUGAUUGUCGUUUAAUGGAGGAAAAAUUGAAAACAAAAGAAGAAUUAAUAGUGGAAUACGAAGACAAAAUAAUUGAAUUAGAACAACAAUUGGAAAAUGUUAACGAUUGUCUUUCGGAAAAAGUGAAAUUAGCCGAAAUAUUUGAAGACACUAUUGAAUCAAAAAAUAAAAUUAUAAAUGAUCUUCAAGAUGAUAUUUUAAAUAUACGAGAAAAACAGAAUGUGCAAAAAAAUUUUAUGCGCUCUGAAAAAGAAACAAUGACAUGUGAAAAAUUAUCUCUAGAUCAUAAUAAAUCGCAAAAUUCAUUAAGUGACAUAAGUUGUCAAACUGAGAAUCCAAAUUUAAUUGAUUCUGAAAGUAAUACGGAUAACAUUGAAAUUAAAACAAGACUCAGAUUAUCUACAAAUGAGAAAAAUUUACAAACAUCAUUUCUCGAUAAUAAUGAUGAUGAACAAAAUGUUGAAUUUGUAAAUUUGAAGAAAAUGUUCGCUGCACUUGAAAUUGAAACAAUGGCAAAGAAGACGAAUUUAGAAGAGUAUAAAGAAAAAGUUGACAAAUUAGAAAUGGAAAAUAAAAAUCUCGAGAAAGCGAUUAAACAGUCUCAAGAAGAACACGAGGUAACAAAGAAAAGAAUAGAACAAAUUCUUCAAGAUGCCAAAGAAAAAGAUGACUUUAAAUCAAUGUUUUUAGAGGAGUAUAAACAAAAAGCUGAAGAAUUAGAGAAGGAAAAUAAAAAUCUCGAGGAAGCGAAUAAAGAGUCUCAAGAACAAUACGAAGCAUCAAUAAAAGAAAUGGAAGAAAUUCUUCUUAAUUUCAAAAACGAAAAUAAAGCAAAAGUUGUGGAAUUGGAGGAAGAAAAUAAAAAUCUCAUAAUUAAAUUGGAAGAGGUGUCCAAAGAACGUGACACAGAAAUUGAGACGCUACAAAAUGAAGUGAAGCAAUUGAUUCAAUCCAAAGAUUCUGUCUUAGAAUCGCAUGACAGGGAAAAUGAAAAGCAAAUCAAAUUAACUUUAAAAACACUCAGAGCCACUGAGGAUGCUCUUUCUAAAGAACGAGAGAAUUGUAAAAUUCUUCAGAGAAAGAAUGAACGACUAGAACAAGAUGUUCGUGGUCUCGAGGAUGCGAUAAAAGAUACUUAUUUAAGAGAGGAAAUGGAGAAUGAAAUUAAAUCAUUAAAAGGCAAAAUUCAAAUUUUAUCUAAUGAACUUAUACAAAAACAAAUGGAAUUUGAAAAAUUCUCAGAAUGUCGUGAUGUGACUAUUAAAAGAUAUGAAAAUUUGGUAUCUAAUUUGCAAGAAGAUGUCGAGCGAGAAAAAAAAGAGAAAAGUAGACUUCAAGAUCUGUUUCAAAAGCAUUCAACGCCAACACCAAGUAAAGAUGAGAUUAAAAAAUUGAAAAAUCAACUGGAAAUAGCUCAAGAAAAAAUACGAACUUUUGAAGAGGAAAAAAUAAAAGAAAUGGAACAUUCUACUCAAAGAACUCGAAGGGUAAGACGACGAGAUAAAGAAAAUUAUGAUAACACUUCGGAUGAUGAGGCACCAUACUCGGAACGUAAAAAACGAUCUCCACGAGCAAGAAAGGCCCCAACUCCAAUGGCUGAAAGUUCAAUAAUUGAAGUAUCCAGUACAGAGUCUAAAAGACAAACACGCAUGAGAACAGCACUUGGUCCUCCUGAACCUUUACCAAUUAUUGAAAAAAAGAGAACAACAAAUAGACGAAAGAAAUUGUUUCAACAAGAAGAAGAUAUUGUAGAUUUAGAGCCUUGUGAGACUCUGUCACCGCCUCCUCCAUCUCCACUUACAGCAAUUAGGAAUUUGAGAGCACGAAAGAAAUAAUUUUCAAUUGUAUAUACAGUGUAUAAUUAUUUUUUUAAUCAUUUAAUUGUGAUAAAAAUGUGUAUGAUUAAAAUAUCGUUAAAUAAAGUAAUUUUUUAAAUAAA